ACUGUCCCGUCCUCUCCUGCUGUGUCUCCCCCGGUAGGGAGAGCGGAGGUGCGGGCUGCUUUCAACACCACAGACCGCGGGACGUCGUGCAGUAAUCUAGCCGGAGAUGAGAUUAAGUUACCGGGGGGUUAAUGGCAAUCGCGUCCCCGGGUGAAAAUCUGGGAUCCAUUAAAGAUAAUUUCAAAGGUGCAGUGAUAAUUUCAACAGUUCCUGUGUCCAUAAUCUCUCUGGCCUGCAGAUGCAGAUCACUGAUCAAAGGCCGAAAACAGCUGCAUCAAACAUCAAAGAAAUUAGACAUGUCUCAUGUCUACACAGUAUACAGAUCUCAAGACAGGAUGAAGAGACUGCUUGUUCAACUCCUGUGCAUCACUGAAGUCCUGCUCUGUGCUGCUGACUCUCCACCACUGAGCGAGGACACGCUGAAAAAGCUGUCUGCAGCAGGAGAGCAGCAUGUUGAUGAGGAAAUAAAGCGAGCGUUACUCGGGGUGAAGCAUGUGAAGGAAAUGAUGGAGAAAAAAGAGGAGAAGCACAGACAUCUUAUGGACGCCCUGAGAAACAGCAGUGACAAGAAGAAGGGGGCGAUGCAGCUGGCCCGGGAAACAGAGCAGAAACUAGAGGAGGCUGAGCAGCGAUGUCAAGAUUUAACCAAAUCUUCCUUUGAGGAAUGUCGACCUUGUCUUGAAGAUACUUGUAAGGCCUUCUAUACCUCUACGUGUCGGCGUGGCUUUGCCUCUUUCUCAUUCAAGGUGGAGGAGUUUUUCAGGAAAAUGGCCGCCCAGCUGGAAGCCACGGAGCAUGCUUACGAUCAGAACGAAGAGAACGUGGGUCGCACCAACUCAGCCGAGAACCAGGUCACAGAAGAUGAAGCAGAUCUGGAGCUUCUGCAGGCAGAUGUGUUGUUCAGCGAGCUGCUGUCAAACAUCAGCCUCCUGCACAACCAGAGCGUCACUCUGGCCAAAAAGAUGCAACAGGUGUUUGGGCAUUCCUUCCUGGCAGCCUUCACCACAGAGCUCCAGCCUAGCUCGCUGUCGGCCAUGCAGGGCGGCUCAAGUGCUGGCUUCUUCAGGACGGUGGGUCUGGAUCACAUCCUUGAUUCAGUGUCUAACUUUGGGAGGAAUGUGCUGGAGGAAUUCAGCUCCACAGUGACUGAUGUAUUUGAAGAGAUACAAGAAGCUGAGGAGUACUUUCAGCAACCAAGCAGAGAUACAGGAUCACUUUCUGCUUUGGGGCAGUCCCAGAGCAGAUAUCUGUGCAGACAACUCCGCAGGCAAGCAUCAGAGUGCUGGCAGCUCCAAAGUUUGUGCGAGACGUGUGAAGAUUAUCUGUUAAAGGAGUGUCCCAGUGUCCAGCAGUUGCACUCUGAGAUGGAGGAGAUGUACAUGCUGCUCAACGCCUCCCGUCAGCAGUACGACGACAGGCUGCAGCUGGUCCAGAGACACACAGCGGACACACAGAGAUGGCUCAGCAACAUGGAUGACAAGUACAGCUGGGUCAGCCAGCUGUCCAGCAGCACAGUGGGCCCACGUGACAUCUUCAGCGUGAUCACAGUGAAUCCACAGCAGCAGAUGAAGAACAUCAGACCUAAAGCCGACAGCAGCGUGGUUGUAACCAUGCUGGACUCUGCCCCAAUAACUGUCUCAGUCCCAGCGGAGCUGGAGGUGGAUGACCCUGCUUUUAUCCAAUAUGUAGCUCAGGAGGCUCUGACUCUCUAUAAACGGCAGAUAAAAGGUAUCGAUCCCGGCAGUGUUGCGGCUUAGUUAAUUAUUUGGCUCCCAGCUUCACAGGGCAGAGCUCCAAAUUGAAUUUGAGAAAAAUUAAUUGCGAUCAUUUGAAAGAGCCAACUUUACACCCUGUGCAUUUCUUCCAAUUUAAACAUAUUCUGAGACACAAUGCAAAUGGGACAGUAUGUUAUAAUCCAAAAUGAUAAAGUAACUAAGAAACAAUCAUAAAUUUCCUCCUUCACUGACUUUGUAUUAAAAGAUUAAAUGGAUCCAUAUGCAAUGUAGCAUUAGUAUUUGUAGCCAUGGAAAUAUUUAAGUUUACUGACCUAGCCGGCCUUCUGUAAAUCAGUUUAAAUUGUGGUUAAUUUACUUUAAAAACUGUUUUAUGUUUUUCUGCACACAGGAACGGAGUAAUGUGAACAUCCCAGCAUCCACACAUUAUCUUCAGAUGCUGAAUAAAGAGUCUAGUACCAGUUUUCUUGAACAAUUAAGGUGAUCUUUGUAAAGCUUGAAAUCUGUAUAGACCUCUAAACCAUUAUAUGCACAGCUUAUAUUCUUUUUAUUCAUAUAUGUUAAUUCUUAGUGUUUUAAAUAUUUCUGCAAUAAAACUGUGUACUCUGCUCAAGCCA